AUGUCUGUGAUACGGCUUCCGAAGAACGAGCUUGAUGCUCAAAUUUACCGCUACCUUCAGGAGGCGAACUACGCAGACGCAGCAGAGGCUUUGAAGUUGGCCAAUUCAGCCGUCGUUUCGGCAGCUCGAAGGCUUAAGUUUUCGGCACUCAUUGCCGCCAAAAAUCAUAUUAAUGAGGAUUCCGACAGCGACGACGAGCCGGUGCGCAAGCCCAGCAAGCCAUCACCCAAGGCUGCUCCCAAAAAGGCCAUUGCCGACUCUGACAGCGACGACGAGCCGGUGCGCAAGCCCAGCAAGCCAUCACCCAAGGCUGCUCCCAAAAAGGCCAUUGCCGACUCUGACAGCGACGACGAGCCGGUGCGCAAGCCCAGCAAGCCAUCACCCAAGGCUGCUCCCAAAAAGGCCAUUGCCGACUCUGACAGCGACGACGAGCCGGUGCGCAAGCCCAGCAAGCCAUCACCCAAGGCUGCUCCCAAAAAGGCCAUGGCCGACUCCGACAGCGACGACGAGCCGGUGCGCAAGCCUAGCAAGCCAUCACCCAAGGCUGCUCCCAAAAAGGCCAUGGCCGAUUCCGACAGCGACGACGAGCCGGUGCGCAAGCCUAGCAAGCCAUCACCCAAGGCUGCUCCCAAAAAGGCCAUUGCCGACUCUGACAGCGACGACGAGCCGGUGCGCAAGCCCAGCAAGCCAUCACCCAAGGCUGCUCCCAAAAAGGCCAUGGCCGACUCCGACAGCGACGACGAGCCGGUGCGCAAGCCUAGCAAGCCAUCACCCAAGGCUGCUCCCAAAAAGGCCAUUGCCGACUCCGACAGCGACGACGAGUCGGUGCAUGCUUCUAAACGCGCUAGUCGUGGUGAAGAAGAGGAGGAUGAACCUGUGAAGAAGGUGAGUCGUGUCGAAAAUAGGGAGGAAAAUGGAUACAAUGGUUUUGGUAACCGUGGUGGCCGUGGUUUCGGUGAUCGUGGUGGCCGUGGCUUUGGUGAUCGUGGUGGCCGUGGUUUCGGUGAUCGUGGUGACCGUGGCUUCGGUGAUCGUGGUGACCGUGGUUUCGGUGAUCGUGGUGGCCGUGGUUUCGGUGAUCGUGGUGGCCGUGGUUUCGGUGAUCGUGGUGAUCGUGGUGACCGUGGCUUUGGUAACCGUGGUGGCCGUGGCUUUGGUGAUCGUGGUGACCGUGGCUUCGGUGAUCGUGGUGACCGUGGUUUCGGUGAUCGUGGUGGCCGUGGUUUCGGUGAUCGUGGUGAUCGUGGUGACCGUGGUUUCGGCGAUCGUGGUGGCCGUGGUUUCGGUGAUCGUGGUGAUCGUGGUGGCCGUGGUUUCGGUGAUCGUGGUGAUCGUGGUGGCCGUGGUUUCGGCGAUCGUGGUGGCCGUGGUUUCGGUGAUCGUGGUGGCCGUGGCUUCGGUGAUCGUGGUGGCCGUGGUUUCGGUGAUCGUGGUGACCGUGGUUUCGGUGAUCGUGGUGGCCGUGGUUUCGGUGAUCGUGGUGGCCGUGGUUUCGGCGAUCGUGGUGGCCGUGGCUUUGGGCGUUUUACUCCAAAUCUUGAUAACAAUCGUGAAAGCACUAAGUUUGAAGACAGCGAAUAG